GGGGCGGGGAGGGCCGGAGGGAGGGCGGCCCAAGGUCGGCGCGGCGCUGCGCGGCUCUCCGCGGCUGCCCGCAGAUGGAGUACGACUGGCUGGGCUUCGGCUACGCGGCGCUGGUGGCGACGGGCGGUGUCGUGGGCUACGCCAAGGCAGGCAGCGUCCCUUCUCUAGCUGCCGGUCUUCUGUUCGGCGGCUUAGCGGGACUCGGUGCAUACCAGCAGUCCAAAGAUCCAAAGAAUGUGUGGCUUUCCCUCGCGGCGUCCGGCACCUUGUCUGUUGUUAUGGGAAUGAGGUUUUACAACUCCAAAAAGGCAACGCCGGGGAUAAUUGCCGGUGCCAGUUUACUGAUGGUUGGACGGCUUGGAUUGCAGAUGAUGGAAAAAACCUAUUAAGCCAUAAAUUUGCAUCAAAUGAGUUGAAGACACAUGACUGAGAAGCCCAAGAAUGCAACUGCUGAAAUGUGCUGCCCAUAAGUGGAAAAGACACUGCUACCUGUGCGUUGUAUUUUUCAUAUCCUAAUGCAUGUGGGUUGUGUUUUUAAAGGACCGACAUAGAGAGCCCUUGUAUUUGUCUUAACGUUUUCUGCACUGAAAGCAAGCAAGAAAAUAAGAGUAUAGCAUUAGUUUAGCUUCUGGUCCUGCAACUUAGUGUCAGCAAAGACCUCCUGGCCCUUGCAUUCAUAUAGUUGCAGGAUUGAAGCUGAAAUGCACAUCUAACUUGUCCUUCUAAAAUCCUGUAUACCUCUAAAAUCAGGGGAGAGGAGUUGCCAAUUUGUCACUAAUUAACUAAUUAAACUGAGUAAUUAAUGCAGUAAACAUGCUUAUGAUGUUCCAUCUCCCUUUCCAUGCCAGUUUAUCCGUUCACAGUGUUUGUCAGUCAGGGAGUUUGUUCUCCCAGCACUGCUUGUUGGAACCUGGUCCCACAAAACACAAUCACAGAGCCAGCUGUCAAGGCUCUGCUGUAAUGCAAUAAAUGCAUACCCAUGCCUUGCAAUCACUUGUAAGCUCAGCUGUAUGUCAUUCAUCUCACUUUUACAGAUUACUACUCAUAAAUCAAAAACGUGCUUUAUUAGGUAAUGCUGAAUUGUAGGCACAGCUUUAUUAAAAUGUUAUUUUAAAUAAAGUAAUAAAUUAUUAUUGCAAACUUU